AUGUCUAAGUUUUUUAAAGGAGCUGUCAGCUCUGAAUCGUCGUCAGAGUCUGACGUCUCUGACGUUGAAGAGGAGGUACAAACCAAGAAAGUGCCAUUAGCGCGUGAUUUUGCUUAUCCAAGUGACAGCGAAGACGAAGAGAAACGUGUGGUACGCACACACAAAGAGAAGAAGUUCAAAGAGCUCAAAGAUCACAUCAAACAAGUUAACAAUGGCAAGAACAACAAAGAUUUUACAAAAAUUUUGUCAGUAUUUGACGAUUUAUGCAAGGCGUAUGAUAAGUCAAAAACGGUGUUUGCUCGACAAAAUAUUUCUACACCACGCUUCUACAUCAGGUAUAUGGUCGAUUUGGAGGAUUAUGUUGCCAAUUUUUGGGACAACAAGGAAGCCAAAACUGCACUAUCCAAAGUCAACUUGAAAGCCCUCACUAAUCUGCGGCAGAAAGUCCGAAAGUAUGUAAAGGAGUUUGAGCAAAAGAUAGCUGAGUACCGCGAAAGUCCUGAUCCGCCAGGCUAUGAAACCCCAGAAGAGGAGGAAGAAGCCGAUGAGUCGGGCAAUGAGGCUAACGAUGUUGCUGCUCCUACAGGAAAAGAGAAGAAGAAGGAUGUCAUGAGCAGUGAAAGCGAGAGUGACUCAGACUGGUCAACAGAUACAGAUUCGAGUCCUUCAGAUGACGACGCAGAUUUUGGUUCGAAAAUGGAAGCUCUGAGAAGACACUUCUUGAAGAAAGAGUUCCGAGGUGAAGAAGACGGCGCUGCUGACACGAAGAAGGAAAAGAAGCGUAAGCAAAGGGAUCAAAACAAGCCCAAAAUUGCCAACUCGUCUAUUUUUUCGGCUGCGCUUGAUCUCGUCGGCGAUGAGGAUGACGAUGGCGGUGAAUGGACGCCUAUCACGAAAGAGAAGCAAGUUCAGUUGUUCGAACCAAAACAAGAGGUCACGCACGAGGCGAUGAUCAGUAAGUUGACCGAGGUGAUGGCUUCACGAGGGCGUCUCGGAACGAAUAGAAAACAACAUGUUCGUCUGCUACAGGAGUUAUACAAAAUUGCUGAGGAGAAGAAACUUGGUGUUGGAAUUUCUGUGAAAAUUCUGUUCAACAUUAUUUCAUCGCUAUUCGAACUUAAUACAAAAAUCAGUGACUUCAUGGAAUUUUCUAAUUUCAAUAAGUGA